AUGCCCUUUGCCAACGCCGUCACCGCCCAGUCCUUUGCGGCCGCUGUGGCAGCGUUCCCCCGUCCGGGCCUUCUUCCGCCCGGCCUUCUUCCCGCCGCUGUGCCGCUGCCCACCGCCCCGGCCGUGCCGGGGCCCAUGGGCCGCGGGGCGCGGCCGCGCGCUGUAACAAGCAGCGGCCGGAUGAACCCCGCGGCGAACCCGGCGGCUGUGCUGCCCUCGGCGGCCGCGGCCAUGCUGCCACCGCGGGAUCCGGCAGAAGUGAAGCAGGAACUCACAAACCAUGGCUGCGUCAUACCAAAGGAAGCCACACAUCGCGACCUGCAGUUGCAAUUGCACGACUUCGAAGCCCAUUUGAAACGUGCAGAGAAGACCAAAAGUAUCCCGCGACACCCAGAUCCAGCCAUCAUCAGUUGUUUCAAGGACGGCUAUUCACCUGGUCAUGAGGCCCUUGUGAAGAUGUUGGAGUCCGGCAUUGAUCCCAAUACACCCUCUCCAGGAACGGGCAGUGGCUUCGCAGCAGGGAUGACAGCGAUCUUGGCAGCAGCAUCCUGGGGAAAGGUUGAUGACAUUCGGCUCCUCAUUGCGGCUGGUGCAGAUCUAAAAGUCAGAUCUCCCAACAUUGGCCACACAGUGCUUCACAUUGCGGCUUCAGCCAGUGUGGACACUGGAGGAGUGGAGCGAAUUCACGCUAUGCUCCGGAUGAUCAUCGAAGCGGAUCCCGAGCUCCUGGCCUCGAAGAAUGGCAUGGGAAAGACACCCGCUGAGUGGGCGAAACAUGAGAAGAAACGUCACCACUCGGCCUUUCUCACGAGCUACGUGGGUGGAACCUAUGUGACAAACCCGGUUACCAAGGAGGUCCUCGACAAGCAUCCCAAUUGCAAGUUGGUGGCUGUGUCCUUCACGGGUUUCAACCAUGUGGAUCUUGAGGCGUGCAAGGAGAGGGGCAUCUCAGUGGUGAAUGUGCCAGCCUAUUCCACUGAUUCUGUGGCCGAACUCUCUGUGGGUCUGGCCCUCGCAGUGUAUCGCGAGAUCCCAGCAUCCGAAAGGACCUUACGCUCCGGUGGCUGGGUACAUUCCUCGGGCGGGAUGGAGAUCAAGGACAAGGUGGUGGGCAUCGUUGGCCUCGGAGAUAUUGGUUUAAGGACGGCUGAGCUCUUUAAAGCUUUUGGGCCGUCAGAGAUUUUGGGAUGGUCGCGGAGACCGAAGCCAGCCUUCGACAGCUUGGGCAAGCAGGUGUCCAUUGAGGAACUCUUUGACAAGUCGGACAUUGUGUCCCUUCACGUGGCCCUCAAUGCUGAAACUCAGGGCAUCAUUGGUCGCUCCCUUAUGGAGCGGCUCCGGCCCGAGUCGGUUCUCAUCAACGUGGCGCGCGGUGGUGUCUGUGAUCAGCCAGCCCUCGCCGAGUUGCUCUCGCAACGGCGCUUUCGCGCGGGUGGGGCAGCCUGGGUGGUCCAUGUCGCACCAAGCUGGGGGUUUUCACCUGGAAAUUUGUUGGACCAAAGACAUCUGGACUCAUUGGGACUCAUCUGCAGUGGUUUCUGUGUGAAUUGCUGA